GGGGCAUUAAUUCUAAAUUCAUUUAAAACAUAAAUGAAGGUCAGCCGCUGUAAUUGUUAUCAUUUUUUGAGAAAGCUAUUCUCUUCUUUCAAUACUCCCUCUCGUGUCUGUUUUACCAGGUUAUGAUGAUCAUGAUACUAUACUACACUAUGCCUUAGAUAAACCUUUUAUUAUUAAUCUCCAUUAAUUGAAGUAUUCUACAAAAAGGCAGAAGGAAGAUUUUAUAAUGUUUGUAUUUUAUACAAAGUGUAUGAUAUUGGUAAAGAAAAAUUUGCAUCUUAAAGAAGUAUAGCUAUUAACAAGAUUUAGCUUAUCCUUUGUUAUGGUGGCUGUGCAAUUGUUUAUUCAUUGGAAUUUAAUUAAUUGAUACCAAAAUUUGUGUGUCUCUUUUCCAUGAAAGUAUUACUAAUGAAGUAUUUGUAAGAGUACACAAUAAAGGAUGGCAAUAAUUAAUUCCUGUGCUUUUAUCCUUUCUAUUUGAUGGUUAUUAUGAUGGAUGUAUCAUGACAUCAUUCUUCAGGAAUUGUAAAUAAUUAAACUAUAAAUAUAUUGGAAGCAAAAUACGAAGUAGAAAGAUGGAUAGUUCAGAAUAUGAGACUGUACGAAAUAUGACACUGUUAUUCUUUUUUGAACUUCUUGUGGAGAAAGGUGGGCCACGUACGCUCCACGAUUUAAGCUGCCAAUUUGGAGCUAAAGGUUUUACAAAAGAAAUGCGACAAAUAGCUGGUGGUUCUCAAAGUGGCCUUAAAAAAUUUUUAGCUCAAUAUCCGAUGCUUUUCGUUAUUAAUGGUGAUUAUGUAUCUGUGAAUACAUUUCAACAAGUUGUAGAAGAAGAAAAUGGAUGUAAAUUAAGUGGUAAACGUGAUUAUGCACGAGAGGCUGUAGAAUAUUUUACAAAUAAGUUACUGCAAUACGGCGUAGGUACAGAAGUACCAAUUAAAAGCCUUUUGGGACAUAGAUCUCAGGCCUCUCCGGAAGUUAGACACAUUUCUGGCCAACACUACAAAGAAUUUAGAGAUUUUCUUUUAAAGUAUCCUGACGCUUUUGUGGUUACUGAAGACAAUGUAAUAUUAAAGCAAUACGAAGGCAUGAAACCAGAGCCCAUGUUAAAAUUAGAACCUGAUAUACCUAUAGAUCCAGAUGUUACAGCAAAAUUAUUAGAUUUUCUUUGCGAUUGUAUUGAGCAAAAGGGUCCAAUUCUUAUAGACCAACUGUUCAACAUAGUUAACGAUAAAUUUUGUUAUGAAAAUUGGACCUCCAUAUUUAAGACACCCCAGGAUUUAUGUACAUUUGUCAAAAUAUUCCCCGACGCGUUUCACGUUCAAAGCAAUUUGGUAACACUAAUUGGAAGGCCGAAAUCUUCUACGGUAGAGGGGAAGACAAAAACAAAACUUGCGAAUUCCGUAAGAAAUCAAAAUAGUACUGCGAGUCAAACCAUUGCAAGUCUACCUGUUCAGUCGAAUAAAUGUGAAUCAAGUAAUACUCAAACAUCACAGCCAACAACUAAUUCAGAAUGUAUUAGUACUAAUGUAAUUAAUCAAGUUAAUUCUGUACAGAGUUCUUAUUCUCAAGUGAACGAAAGCAACAACAACUCUCCUCCAGUGAGCUUACAGCAGCAAACCUUAAAGCAAAGAAUAAACACACUUGUAAUGAAGACUUUGGCAGAUAAUACGGAGAAAGAUCGUAGUUUACAAAUUGUGCAAAUGGGAGAUGCAUGGAAAUUGAAAGUACUACAACAAACUAGAGUGAUCGUAAAUCCAAGGGAAAGUCUUCAAAUUAUUGAGGAUAUAAUAAAUCCUCGUAAGCCGCCUCCCGACGGCAAAAUUGCUGUUUCAUUUGAUUGCGAAGGCAUAAAUUUAGGAGUUAAAGGACAACUAACGCUCAUACAAAUUGGUACUAUGUUUGGACAAGCAUAUGUAUUUGACCUAUUCACGUGCCCCAAUCUUGUUCAAGCUGGAGGACUUCAAAAACUUAUAGAGCAUAAAAAUGUUAUUAAAGUAAUUCAUGAUUGUAGAAACGACAGUGUCAAUUUGUAUAGACAGUUCAAGAUUAUGUUAAACAAUGUUUUUGAUACACAGGCAGCUCAUGCUGUGCUUCAGUUUCAAGAAACUGGUAAACCUGUAUAUAAAGUUAAGAAUGUUAAUCUGAAUAUACUAUGUGAUCAAUAUGGUGCUCCGUGUAAUCCAUUAAAGGAACAAUUAAAAAAUAUCUAUCGUAAUAAUCAAAGGUACUGGUGUCGGCGUCCAUUAACACGAGACAUGCUCAUUUAUGCUUGCAGCGACGUUCUGUGCCUUGUUCCACAAAUAUAUGUUUCUAUGGCUAAACUUAUAAAACCGGAAGUACAAGCUCUGUUUGCCGAGUUGUGCGAAGAGCAAAUUCAAAUGCACAUUAAACCUGCAGAAGUGAAAACACGUAAGAAGCAACGGAAAGUGGAAACGGAGGUUGCAGAUUUGAAGAAGAGAAUGGAAGAGACGACUACUAAAAAUAUCGUGCUAAGUAAUCGUGAAAUACGUCUUUUGCGUUACUUGGAUCUUACUGAGGAUGAAAAGGAGAAGUUGAAAGGUAGUUACAAAGUUGCAAGGAAAUUGGAAAAGCUGGAGAACAUGGGUCAAGAUAAAGGAGACAGCAGCGACGACGAUGACGACGAUAAAGUUGACGACACAGAAUACCAUAGCAUGGAAAGUUAUACUUCGGAAAAUUCACAUUCUGGUGGUAUACUGUCACCAAGAAACUCUGACACCCCUAGCCUCACAGAAUCAAUGCAAAUGGUCGAUGAGAUACUUUCCGAUGAACGGAUGGACCGAUUUGAGAAAAUUGAAAAAUUGGAAGCAAUUCUUUCGGCUGUUACCGGCACUGCGACCGAUCAAUUUUCUUCAAGUAGUGUGGACGCAUCUCCAACAAAAUGUGCGUGCUCGUGUCGAGAUAUAAAGAGUCCACGAACGGUUCGUAAAAUCGGAAAUAGCGUGGCUUGCCAAACGUAUAGUACUGGUGAUAUAGUAAUUACCAAAAUAUUUCUCUCGGAGGAAGAAAAAGAACAAAUAGAUUUAAUGAAUUCGCCAAAAAAGUAGAUGUCAUACCUGCUGUGCAAGUGGUAGAAACGAAGUUGCCAUUACUACAUUUUUUUAUGAAAAGACGAGUGGGCGACGGAAAAAAAAAAAAAGAAGUAGUUAAAAAUUGAUCUAUUUUAUGUAAUUUGACAAAAAAAUGUAAUAUUUAAUUACAACAAUCAACUAAACUUUAACUCUAGAUACGUAUAUUUUUCCAAAUCUGAUGCUAUAGUAAUCAGAAUUUAGGAAGAAUCUGCUUCUUAUAAAAAAAAAAUGCAGUAUUGUAAAAUGUUUACUUUUUAAUAGAAGAUUACCUUUCUUUACAAGGGUAUAAGAAAGAAUUAAUCAAUUACAUAGUAAUAUGCAGUUACAAAACAAUAUUUCAUUACU